GCGACUGCAGUGCGCAGCCAAUGGCGCAACAGAGCAGUACACGGCAGUUUGAAGAAGAUGGCGGAGGAAGAUAAAAGUGCAGAGCUACUCAAGGAGAAGGCCAAUAAUUACUUCAAAGAUAAAGACUAUGAGAAUGCCAUCAAGUACUACUCGGAGGCUGUGGAGGCCAAUCCCACCAAUGCUGUCUACUACAGCAACCGAAGCUUGGCGUACCUGCGCACAGAGUGCUAUGGCUAUGCCCUGGCGGAUGCUACCAAGGCCCUGGAGAUAGACAAGAACUACAUCAAGGGCUACUACCGCCGGGCCACUUCCAACAUGGCGCUGGGCAAGUUCAAGGCUGCGCUCAAGGACUAUGAGACGGUAGUCAAAGUUCGACCCAAUGAUAAGGAUGCAAAGAUGAAAUACCAGGAGUGUAACAAGAUAGUGAAACAGAAGGCCUUUGAGAGAGCGAUCGCCAGCGAUGAGAUAAAAAAAUCUGUUGUGGACUCUCUAGAUAUAGAAAACAUGACCAUCGAGGACGAGUACACUGGGCCCAAGCUUGAGGAUGGGAAGGUCACGGCAAAGUUCAUGAACGACAUGGUGGAAUGGUUCAAAGACCAAAAGAAAAUACACAGGAAGUGUGCUUAUCAGAUAUUGAUCUCAGCUAAGGACCUUCUUUCAAAACUUCCAAGUCUGGUUGAGAUCACAUUAAAAGAGACAGAAAAGAUAAGCAUUUGCGGCGAUACCCACGGACAGUUCUAUGACCUUCUGCACAUCUUCGACUUGAAUGGUCUCCCAUCACCGGCCAACCCCUACCUGUUCAAUGGUGACUUUGUGGACCGCGGCUCCUUCUCCUUGGAGGUGAUCCUCACACUGUUCGGCUACAAGCUUCUCUACCCAGACUGCUUCUUCUUGCUUCGAGGUAACCACGAGACGGACAACAUGAACCAGAUGUAUGGGUUUGAAGGAGAGAUCAAGGCCAAGUACACAGCUCAGAUGUUCCAGCUGUUCAGUGAGGUCUUCCAGUGGCUGCCACUCGCCCAGUGCAUCAACGGCAAAGUGCUGGUGAUGCACGGAGGACUCUUCAGUGAAGAUGGCGUAACCUUAGAUGACCUCAGGAAGAUAGAAAGGAACAGACAGCCUCCAGAUUCAGGCCCAAUGUGUGACCUGUUGUGGUCGGACCCCCAGCCCCAGAACGGACGGUCGGUCAGCAAGCGGGGGGUGAGCUGCCAGUUCGGCCCUGACGUGACGGAGCGCUUCCUCACAGAGAACAAGCUGGACUUCAUCAUUCGCAGCCACGAGGUGAAGCCGGAAGGCUACGAGGUCACCCACAACGGGAAGUGCAUCACCGUGUUCUCUGCACCCAACUACUGUGAUCAGAUGGGAAAUAAAGGCGCCUAUAUCCACCUCAGGGGAUCCGAUCUCAAGCCAGAAUUUCACCAGUUCACAGCUGUGCCUCAUCCGAACGUCAAGCCCAUGGCAUACGCCAACUCGCUGAUGCAGAUGGGGAUGAUGUAGACGCCGUCCUGGCCCUCCUGUCACCAUGACGACCUCCCACCCGACCAGGGGCAACCCCCCCCAAUCCAGCCAGCCCCCUCCACCCCUCCAGCGCUUUAACCCAACCCCAACACACCCCCACCCCACCCCUCCCAUUGGUCCUCGGCGAGUCGGGCUCAGUUUGGGUAAAGGCAGGGCGGCUGCUGAGAUGAGGUGGGGGGGCAGAGAUCACUUAGACCAGUCAGUAAUGAGGACGAUUCGCACAUCAAUGAAAACUGAGGAAGGAAAAGAAACAAAAAUUGAAACUCGUGUCUCAUUUGCUCAUCCAUGCGUUUGUAUGACUGGGCAGAGACUCAACCCUACCCAUUGUUAUUUCCCAUCUGGCCGUGUUUCAUGCCAGACCGAUACUCCUCAAUGGAUGGCAUAGGGUAGCUGGUGUGUUACCAAAGAUCUGGGCUGAAUUGAUUGUUAGAUUUAAUGUGAGGAGGAGCAGCUGAUUCUGCCUCAGACGAGGUGGAUCAGCUGAUUCUGCCUCAGACAGACGGAGCAGUUGAUUCUACCAUAGAUGAUGAUGAUGAGGAGGAGCAGCAGCCAUGUUUAGACACAAGGUAUCUAUAGGAACAGGAGGAGUUAGGGGUGAGCUACAUUUUGAUGGUAAUUAAUAUUUUUUAAAAAGUUGAUUGAUAAAAAUGCAUAUUUUUAUUUUUGCAAAAAAAAUAGGCUGAAUUUGGAUCUGUGGUCUCAGGAGAUUCUGACUGCGGUCCGUUGUAUUAAGCCCCCAGAGGCAUAAGGUGCCGUCUUGCCAUUGGUUGAAUGUUUAGCUGGCUCCAACAUGUAACUGAUUCAACUAGUUUUGCACUGCUUCCUACUCAGGAAGGUCCUACUGCUCUCCCUUCAUUCUGUCAUCGGUGCCACGCAUCCCCCGGGUCCAUCUAGCUUCAGUCUAUCAAACACCGCUGGCACUCCUGUCCGCUAAUAUGUCAAAGUGACUAGUCGGCCCAUUGUGUCCCAUUUCUUCAAUACAAACCGACGUCUCUUGAAACGCACAGUUACCACCCCCAGAGGCCCCUCAACCUUUUUAGAUAAGAUACACUGACGUGUAUGUAUAUAUACUGUAUCAUGACAAAUAUUCCGUGUACAUGUUUGGAGAAAGUUAUUGAAUAAAAAAAAUCGUCCAGUGAGUUUGUCUUUAUUUGCUUAUUUUUGUUUAA